AUGGCAGCCACGACCGUGAUACAACCAAUGAACAGCUCCAAGUACUAUAUGGAUCCGCAGAGCGGACCUUCACCGCCGGAGAGCUACCACAACAACUCCGCGACACCACCGUCGAACAUCUCACCCACCAACUACCACGCAAGUGUAAGGCAGCUGCGACAACCUCGUCAACCGCUCUAUAUCCCCGCCGCACUUCGUCCCACCGACAAGCCUGCCCGACCGACUGACAUCCCGAACCGUCCUCGUGCGCCAGACACUCCGCCCGCCAGCCAGGACAGUAGCUUCGAUAGCUUUCGCAUGGAUUCUGCGGCACCGAUCGAUUUCGCUGCUGGCAACAUGAUGAGCGGACAAGUAGAAAACGACGCCGAGUCUUUGCGACGAGGCCUGAGCCGGGCUGCAAGCGAAAGCUACGCAGAAGAGGAACCAGGCGAUGUGACGGGUACACCUACCACGGCGCACUGGAAACCGGACGAGUCCUCCAAUGUGUGUUUCAUCUGCAACGAAACCUUUACAUGGUUCUUCCGACGGCAUCACUGCCGACGCUGCGGUAACCUGGUCUGCGACAACCACCUCAAGUUCAGCGUCCCACUUGAUCAGAACGCACGCUAUCACCCCAAGGGUUUCGCGAGCAAGGCAUGCAAGCCAUGCUUCGACGGAUGGAAGGUCGUUCGCAAGCUGCAACAACACUCACGUGCCAAUAGCAUUGCCGAGUCUUCCAACAGCUCCCAAGGCACUGCCAUGCCCAUUCCCAACCUGCCCCGAGCCGACGACAACAUGCGUGUCGGCAGCAUGGCUCGCUCCGAGGGCGGUAUGGUCUGGAGCACAUUCUGA